AUGAUCCUCACCCUGCUCACGGGCCUCUUCGUCGUCGCUGCCGGUGCAGCGCUUGUCGUCUGUCUCGCGCUCGGCCUGCUCUCGCUAUCGCAGUACAUCGAGUCGCACGCCAACAGAUCUCGGCGGCUGGCUCUGCGAACACUCUACCUCGUCCUGCUCAUUCAGGCCCUCCUCGUUCUCGACGGCGUACCUCUCGCGCCUUUCCUGCCGGGCCUGGCUGCUGCGCUGCUGCAUCGCUCGGCACUCCUCGACCCCUCCUGGCCAUUCUCACCCGCCUCCUCCGUCUUGACCAGCCUCGCAUCGCUCCUCGUCCUCCCUUUAGCAUCACACAUCCUCCUCAUCCGCCACCAUACCCUUACCAGCCAUACGUGGCAUCAACAUCGAUACGAUACCCUACACCGCGCCAAGCUGCCGGGCGGACGACUCGACUGGGACGUGCCAGAGAGCACACCGGGGCAGCGCGAGAUGACGAGUCUGCAGGUGUGUGCGGUGCUAUCCGUAUGUGUUUGGUCGAUACCUGUGGUGAGGCUGCUAGGGAGGAUUGCGGCUGCGGAAUGGGGGAGUGCCGGUGUCGUUGAUGGGCGGGUUGCGAGGAGGAGCUCAGGGAGGUGA